AAGAAAAUUGUUCUCCCUCUUAAAAACCCGCCAAUGCCAUCAAGCUAGCUGGUGGAUUAACUUAAUUAGCUGCGCCUGCUAGUCUCCUUCUACCAUUCUCUACAUCUUUCUCUUUUCUUCCUUAUUUAUUUCUACAUUUAUUCUCCUUAAUUAUAUAAUAAUCUUCAUUCCUUUAAUUUAACCUACCAAAAUUAAGUAUUAACAAUGGAUUAAGAACCAUUUUAAGCUGGGAUUAGCCGAGUCCUCUAAUCAACAUCUCUAAUUUUCCAGGGGUUUCAAGUACAACAAUAACUAGAUCGUGACAUAGUGACACUUGGCAAAAGCACUAUUUAGGUUGGAAUGGUCUCUUUAGGACUAUGGCUUGUGCUGGAUGCUUCAUCUACUUUUUCAUGGUCCGUUUGGUUGCAUAUUUUGCAGUUCUAGCAUUAUUGGUGCUCAUAACUUUCUUAGCACUCAAGGUUCUUGGAGAAUGGAGAGAAAGAUCAUUUAAUGAAGAUGAAGGUGAAAUUAACCCUUUAAUGCAUCAGUCCGACUAUCACAAAACAAUAAGAAUCAACUAUGGAGCAUUCGAAAAAGAUCUCGAGUCACAAACAAGCUGCAACAGCGAUGGUGGCGACAAUGGUACGAGUAGUAAGUGUACGACGUUAUAUGAUGCUAAAAUUUGUAUCAUUUGCUACGAUCAACAAAGGAAUUGCUUUUUUGUACCUUGUGGUCAUUGUGCUACUUGCUUUUCGUGUGCUCAAAGGAUAUUCUACGAAGAAAAUAGAAAUUGCCCUGUAUGCCGAAGAUUCAUGGGAAAAAUUAGGAAGUUUUUUGAUUCUUAGUUUUGCAAUUGAAAAAUCAUUAGUGCUUACGAUUUGAGUAAGCAGUAAGCAUGUAUAAAAAUAGUAUGUUUUGUUCUUGGUUUGGGCGUAUAGCUGAUUUUACAAAUAGUAGUAUUUGUUCAAUGGUCUAGGUUAUUUUUUCCAGCCCAAACUACUAACCCAUCAUCAAAACCAAGUUUUAGAAAAUAUAUUUUCCUCCAUUGUUAGGGUUAUAGAUUACUACGUCAAAAAAUUUGUAUGCGGCCGCCUUACGUGUGUGACUAAAAAAAUUUUAUACUUGCGGAA